CUGGUUGAGGUUUUAAAGCAUGCUGUGGUGCUGAUGGUUCGGUUCGGUUCGGAUCCCUGGGGCUGAUCUGCAUCGCCGGAGCUCGGUGUCUUUAGGCGGCUGCAGCUGCGGCUCUGUGCCCGCUGCGGAGCCUUCAGCCUCGGAUGCAGAAGGGAGGAGUCUCCGGUACCGGAACCGUCAGGAAUCUGGACCCUGGUGUUCUGCAGUGACCGGAUGGCUUCGAUUGGGCUCAUUACUGGGUCAAUGUGAGAAGAGACCGGUCCGAACCAGGCCGCGCCGGACCGAACCGUCAGGAGGAGUGAGGAGCCGGGCCUCAGACUUCAGAUACGGGCCGGUACCGAACCCUGAUCCUGAACCUGAACCUUUCAGGUCCAAAUUGAUGAAAGUAAAAACCAGGAACUGCUUCAUGACGAAACAACAAGAGAGCUAAUGGAUCUGUACCGGUCCAGAGAACCGAACCGGUCCGGAAACCGGUCCAGAUUUUCAGAGAAUGAAAUUCUAGUUGGUUCGUUUGUAGUCUUUGAUCCUUAUGUUAACUUGACGCCUUUUGGGCCUUCAAAGAAGCAGAACCUUGGCCCGGUUCACCAGGUCCAGAUACCCUCUCACUGGCCACUUUAUUAGGCACACCUGGUUGGAGAAACUUCUGCUUGGACCUGAUGACAUCACAGCUGCUGCAGUUUCCAUGGGCAACGUUGGUGUUGCCACUGGAACCUUUAGACGGUUCUGUUGCAGAGUCCAGGUUCAGUCGGGUCAGGGAGAGCAGAACCUCUGGGCCUUUUUCUCUGGAGGUCCUCCUGUCGGGCCCUGGGCUCCCAGCGUCGCCGUCGGACCGCCGGCCCUCUGAGGAUGUCGGACCCUGUGAUCCUGCUGGGCUUCAGGACCGGGACCGGAAUGGACCCCAGAGCCGCGUCAUGCAGACAAACGCUGGCUGUGAUGUUUCUGGUGGCUGGCACACUGGUUUCCAUGACGACCACAAGCUCACCUGCUGCAGGUGUGUUGGAUUUGAACAGGACAAUGGGAUCAUCGUCACAUCCAUCAUCACCAUCACCCGCCCCCCCUGGAGGGGCCUCAGACUUUGGUUACCAUGGUAACAGUGCUGGAGCCGGCUCAGCAGAGGACCAGGAAGCUGGGGCUCAGGGCAUCCAUCUACUGCUGAGACCUCCAGACCUGCUGGCCCCCAGUGUCCCCCCAGCACUGCCCCCACACAGCCAGCCAACCCUCGCCCCUCCGCCCCCCUGGGAGCGGGGCCCCUCCCUUGAGGAAGCAUGGGGCUCUGGGGACUACCUGGAGACUUUGUCCUUCAUGGUGCCUGACGGGGAGGAACUGGGCCUUGCCACGCCACUACCGAGCCACCCUUGGGACACGGACUCUGAUGGGGACUGGGUCUCUUAUGACACGGCCUUCCCGGCCCGUCCGACCCUCCCUCUGUUCUCCCGUCCCCCUGUCACCCCGUCCUCCACCCCUACUGUUCCUCUGCACACCCACACUGCCCAUCUGGACGUUUUUUCCACAUGGGAUGAGGAAUAUGACCCGGAGGACAUGAUGCCUCUGGAACCGACGGAGGUGCUGCUGCCGGACAUGAACAGUCUGGAGUACUACACCAACCUUCUGGCCCGGGAAAGGCAGAAGGAAAAGGAGAGGGAGAAGGAGGACCAGAUACAUGGUACCAAGUCCAGACCCUCCAUUACUCCCACAACAACACAGACUCAACUUUCUCCUCUGACCCCAGCCCCAACCCUCAGUGGGCCUCCACCAGAUCUAGAGCAUAAACAUCCCCCACGAGGAGUUUUCCCUCCCCUCACUCCCUCACCUGCUCUUACAAGUGAAAAGUCACCUACUCUACCAAGCACCUCCCAAACCCCUGCCACUCCUGCCCCACCUUCUCCAAAAACCAAAGAGCGUGGUCCAGGCCUCCCUCCUCGUCCCCCAUCUAACACUACCAGCCAGGUGCCACCCCCUCCCCCCCUGGGACCACCGGUUCGGCCCGUAAAACCAGGAAGACCGUCAGUGAUCACAGAAAAAACAGCAAAACCUCCAGCCAUAACGACCACCACCCAGAUUACCUCCAUCAGCCUCACCAGAGGGCCCCCAGUUACCACACCCAAAGGGGCCCAGACUCCGCUCACCAGACAGUACCUGUGCAACGUCACCAAGCCUGAGCUGUACCUGGUCAGAGUGGUGAGUUCUAAAGGCUCGUCGGCCGGGUUCAGUCAUGUCCGCGAUGUUCUGAGGAGAGAGUUCAACCGCUCAGUAGAGCUGCAGUUCCUGAGAACUCCAUCCAGUUUUGCCUUUCGCGUCGUGUCUGGACCCAUGAUAUUCACUGCCGUAUCUGUCAUCAACGCGCUCCGUCACUCACCGCGCAGUUCAGGCCCAAUUCCUUCAGUUUCCCCUCUCUAUACCAUACCUGACCUCUGGUACCAGAUCCACUCGGUGCUGCAGUUUGUUCCCACCCAUGUUGACGUCAGAGUGUGCAACUUCAGUGAAAGGGUGGAGCGAGGGCUGAUAAUGGCUUAUGCAGAGAGCAGAAGGAGGUCCCAUGAGGCCGGAAACAUCACCGUCCAGCUGCUGAACAUCACAAUGAGCAAAGGCUGGCCAGCAGUGGGGCAGAAGGUUCCUGUUGACAUCACUUUUGCUGUACGAGAUGGGAGGGGCUACUUGGCGGGGUCAGAGGUUAGCGAACACCUCAGGAAGCUCAGCUUGGUGGAGUUCAGCUUCUACGUUGGAUUUCCUGCUCUGCAGAUUGCAGAACCCUCCCACUACCCUGAGCUAAACAUGUCCCACCACCUGCGUGACACCUGGGUCCGUACAGUCCUGCUGGGUGUUCAUGAGCAGCAGGUGGCUGAGAGGAGUUUCAAAGCUCGUCUGGAGCGACGACUGGCUGUGCUACUGGAGGAAGGACUGCAGGAGACCAGCAGGAGGCGCUGGAGAAGAGCAACCGCUGUGGGCAACAACAGUUUGCAGGUGGUGCGGAUAUCCAGGCUGUCUGGGCCAGAGCGCCCCCUGGAGGUGUUUUACUUCGUAGAGGGUCCAGGUGGGGAGAGGGUCCCGGCAGAGGUAACUGCAGCCACCAUGAACCGCCUGGACCUUCAGAGGGCCGCCAUUGUCCUUGGACACCGAGUCCAGAGGCCUCUGGCUCAACCUGUAGAGACUCUUUCUGUUCCUCCGGCUGAGACUCAGAGCAGCAGCAUUUGGUUGAUCGUGGGGGUGGUUGUCCCUGUUCUACUGGCUGUCUUCAUUAUUAUCAUUCUCUACUGGAAGCUUUGUGGGUCUGAGAAGCUCGAGUUUCAACCGGAUGCCAUCAACACCAUCCAGCAGAGGCAGAAGCUUCAAGCUCCUAGUGUCAAAGGCUUUGACUUUGCAAAGCUCCAUCUUGGUCAGCACAGUAAAGACGACAUCAUGGUGAUCCAGGAGACGGGUCCACUACCUGCCCCAAUAAAAGAGGCCACGCCCUCCGACGGUGGAGACCUCAACACUCCCAAGUCCAAAGGAUCAUCCACUAAAGCAGCACGUCCAAGUCGCCGCAGGGGAAGGCUCAGCCCUUCAGACGGAGACUCGUUAGGAAGCGAGCAAUCCAGCGGCAGGGAGUCGGCAGAGGAAAGCACCAGACCUGUGGCCACACCCAGUGAGGGCAAACACCACAGGAAGCCCCCUAAAAAUGGGAGGAGCAAAAUAGCCGUCCCAUCAGGCAGCGGUCCAGAUGAACUUCUCUCCUCAUCCUCCAUCUUUGACCAUGUUGACCGUCUCUCCCGUGGCUCUUCAGAUGGAACCCGUCGCCAGGCCAACAAGGUGCAACUUAUUGCCAUGCAGCCGCGACCAAGUCCGCCUGCGGCACACGGCCCUCCGCGGCCAAGUCCCUCCCUCACUGAAAAGGUCAAUACUGAGGUGGCGCUAAGGCACAAGUCUGAGAUCGAGCAUCACAGGAACAAACUGCGCCAACGUGCAAAGAGGCGGGGCCAGUGUGAGUUUCCUUCCAUGGACGACAUCAUGGAUGCUUUCGGAGACGGGCCGGUUCAGAGCGAAGCGGCUCAGCGGCUCUACAGCUCCGCCCACGACCACAUGGACUGCAUCCUUCAGGCCGAGGGAGCCUCACCCCUGACCCCCGCCGACUCCAGAAAAAGAGGGAGGCGCUCUCCUCGGGGCCGCAGGCCUCAUCAAGGACCCGGAAGUCUUCCAGAUACAGACAGAGAUCGGCUGCUCACAGACCAGAGCGCCACCUACAGGAAGUACCCCGGACUCAACAAUGUAGCGUACAUGUCGGACCCUGACCUGCCCCCAGACCAUGGCAGUCCCUCCCCUACUGAUGAGGUCUUUGACUCAGCCCCAGCUCCACCUCCUUACAUGCCCCCCCAGCCUUCUAUUGAGGAAGCCCGGCAGCAGAUGCACUCCCUGCUGGAUGAUGCCUUCGCCUUGGUAUCACCGUCUUCACAGGCCAGCGGUGUGAGAUAUGCGGAGUUGGGAGUGUCCCCCACAUCCAUCCAGGGUCUGCUGCAGAGGCAGGGCCUGGGCUCAGGAGGAUAUGUUUCUACAGGAGAACAACUGCAGGAGUCAGUGUACUCCAACAGGGGGAAGUAUGAAGACCCUCCUUCAUCCUCUAGACCCCGACCUGUAGGGGGCAGUACAGGGGCACAGCUUCACCAUCUGACUCAGGUGGGUUUGUCCAGUCAGAUCGGUGCGUACCCUGGAGUGGGUCGCAGCAUGUCUGGACCCACUGGCUCCAGCUGGCACCAGCAGCACUCAGACCAGGACCUAUCCAGACCUGGAGGUAGCAGAGAGAGUGUGCUGUCGUUCCCUGAGUUCUCCUCUUCAUCUGUUUUUCAAAUGCCCAGCUCUUCGUUACGGGACCCAUCGGCUCCACCCCUCCUCUUAACCUCGCCCACCCCAGAAUAUCCACCAGAGGAUGCCUCUCCAUCUGCCCACACAUCCGCCUCUCUCAUCAAGGCGAUCAGGGAGGAGCUGCGACGGCUGGCCCAGAAACAGGCAGUAGUGACCAGCUACCCUUAACUGACCUGCACCUUUUUAGAUCAGGAGUCACAGUCGCUGUUCCACUAGUUGGUUAAGCUUCUUGAACUGUGCCGCUAAACAUAAAAUACCCCUGAUCCAAAUGGCAGCGACUCCUGACAACCACCAGGACUUGACAGGGUUUUGUCUUUUUAUUUGUCUUUCCACUACCCUUUUGCCCUGAGUUCAUCGCCCAGAUUCACAUUUCCACUAAAGUGCUUCCUGGAGUAGAUCACUGAGGAUCGGCCGACCUGGACUUCUACACUGAAUCAUCCUUUUUGAACUUCUGGAAUAACAACACAGCCCCCAACCAUGAGAUGAGAGGUCCCUCUGGAGUUGUGAAGUUGAUGGCCUUUUGUGGUCUAGUCAUCUACCUUCAACUCUAGGAGCUCAUCCCUCUUGGCCUUGUGAAGUGGAUAAAACCUGUUGGAGUUCUGAAGCAGAAACAUUGCGAUUGGUUUGAUUUUGAACUUGGAUUGUACUUCUCAAUUUCUGAAGUUAUCUUAGUCGGAGAGUUUUCGAUUGGUCUUUAGUGAAUUAGUCACACAUCCUGCUCUUUUGGUUCAAACAAUAUUGUUGACCUUGCAGAGUGAAUGUCUCUAGGAGUUGUACAGCAAACUGUUGUCUUUGAGUUCCUGCUGUAAAAGGGCCCUUUAGACCUUUGGCCAUUGCUCCUUACUAGAGUUAUGAAGGCUGGGAUGACCCAUCAGUCCUUGUUGAGGUAAUUCUUCCCAUGAAGAAAACUUCUGAACCCUUGUAGACCUGAUGAUGGGUCUUAUGGUUCUACAGCAGAUUAUCACUUCAGGAUUAAACUGACCUUCUGAAUAAUCUGGUGUGGGUUCCCCCUUUUAGAGUUUUAAAGAUGUUGCUCCAGUGUUUUCUAGUUCAGUCACAAUUCUUACGUGGACUUUAUUCAACCUUCUUAGCCUUCUGAGAUAAAUGGGAAACUGAAAAUCUACAGCAGAUCAUUGUUUCCAGGGUGAUUAGGCCGUUGGUAAUCUAGAGGGAACAUGUGAAGCUCACUGUCCUUCCACAACCUUUGGGCAUUUGGUGUAUUGUUCCUUCUGAAGUUCUGAAGUGGGAAAUCUUUCUGGAUUCCCUGUGGUGCUAAUUGUCAGCCUCAUUCCAUUUAAACAUUGACCACAUACUGCCUUCCAUGAUCCAUCAGCCACGGUGAUCAUGUAUGCAUCUACCAACCAUACAGAAAAUAUAUUUGCACUGUUUAUAGCAGGAGGUGCAGCAAAGUUCUGACAGCAUGACAAACUAUUAGAAAAAAUACACACACACACAAAUACACCCAUAUAUAUGUGUGUGUAUGUGUGUGUGCUCAUAUAAAGGUAUAUAAAUUAAAUUCUUAGAAAUAGAAUCCCAAUGAGCACAAUAUUAAUGUGAGAGUUUCUAUUGGAGUAUUGAGAUGUUCUGUAUUUUUUAUUGCUUAUAUAUGAAAUUAUGCUUUAAACGCUUUAUUUAAAUCAAAAAAAGACCAAACUACUGUUCCAUGGUUGUAAACUCUUGUGUUUGAGCUUGCUGUAGAUUCUGAGACCGUUUGUUGCGCUGCAUCGCUGCUGGCUUGUGUGUUUGUGUAUCAGUGGUAAAAAAAAGAAAAAAAAAGAAAGAAAUUGCAGCAAAAGCAUCACUUCUCCAGCUUUUUGUGAUUUAUCUGUUGCUCCCAUUUGUUUUCUGUGGACACUGAAGACGGCACUAAUAUUAUGUCUUGAUAUUCUUUUUGUGCUGCAGCUGCUUCUCAAUGAACAGUUUGAUGCUGCACACAAGAAGAACAGCCAUGAAAAGAAUGAUUCCUCUUUUCAGUGACGGUCCUGUGAGUUCUGGUGCUGAAGGUGUGUUUCUGCUGUGAACAGCCUGAACUUCCCCUGGUCUCAUUUUCCCCAUCUCUGGUUUGUGGCAUUUCCAGUAAAGUCUAAGACACAGAACCAAUUUCUUAAAGGAAGUCUGUUAAUAUCUUUAACUUCAUCACAGUUUAAUAGAGAUUACAGAGUCAAAUGGAAGUAAAGUUACGCCAAGCUCAGAGGAAGAUAACCCUAACCCCUGACCCCUAACCCCUGACCCCUGACCCCUAACCCCUGACCCUCUCAUUUAUGACAGACAGGAAGCAUCAGCACAACUUGACCUUUAAUACUUGAACUUUGCUGAUGAAACAUCUUCCUGUUUCCGUCUGCCUCGCCUCUCAGUGUGCUAAAAACCGCUAUGUAGGUUUGAAUUAUUAUUAAUGUUAUUAUUAUUAUUAUUAUCUAAAUUUACCUUGGAAUGUGAAUGUUUUCAAAAGAUCAGAGAAAAAUAGGAAAAUCAACUAAUCUAUAAAAUUGAGAAGAUCAAUUGUCUGACUGAUGGUGUACACAGGUAGAAAUCAAUACUGGAAACAUUUAAAUACUCCGAAAUGUUUUGGGUUCAAUCCAAACUAAAGUGUAAUUUCCAACAUUUCUCACUAUCGCCCUCCCAUGGCCAUUUUAGAGAGCAUCAUUUCUGCCCUAAAGCUUCAAUUUGACUCUGAUUCCUAAGUUUCUUUUCCGUUUCUCAUCUCCAAAAAAGAGAGGAGAAACGUCACCAACCUGAGCUGUUGGGGAAGUUUAGUUUCCAUGGAAUUUGGUGGAACUUUUCAUAUUUUGGGAGCAUAAUCGCCGAAACAGAAUUAUCAGCAACAGACCCAAACAUUUAGCAUCUGAACGACACCCAAGCAGUUUCAUAGGGUUUCCCAUGAAACUGCAGCAGCAGGAAAUGUCCAGACUGAACUCGGCGGUGGUGGGAGCUUAAGUUACAGGGGAAAGUUUUUCUAAACACAGCUGAAAAGGACCCAGUGACAAAAGCAUGAGAAGAGCUGCUCUGGUCCAAACACACCUUGGUUCAAAGUCAGGCUGAUGGUGGUUUACUGGUUUCUGCUCAGGUCAGUCAAAGAGCUGCGUUUGUCUCGCUGGCAGCUUCUUUAACAGCAACAUGUAACCGUAACCAAGGUUACACUAAUAUGACACAAGCUCUACUUUGUUCAGUCAGCUUGUUGACUGGUGUUUGGACAACUCUGUCCACACGGCAAUAGAAGGAUAAGGUCCUUUUACAUUUCAAAAUGCGAGUCAAGCUGAACGUUUGCAUAUUUCCAUCAGAUCCUAGAAUUCCUCCUGAGGUCUAGAGCUGAAAUCUUGAACGUUAGAGGAGAAAAAAGAUCCUGUGUUGUCCUGUUAGGAUAAACCAGCUGAAUCAAAGAGUCCAUUCCUCAUUUAACUGAACUACAAUAAGAGAUUUCUCUGUUGGGUUAGUGUUGCACUUUCUGCAGUUGGGACGCUUCAUGUUCUGGUUCCUUCAAAGUUCAUGUGACUCCAACAAUCAAACCUGAGGCGCAGGCCAUUAUUAGUUUAUUUCCUGUUUGCAGCAGCUUUAGUGGAAGUCUGCACACAUCUAGAUGAAACCUUGCUGGAGUUGAAGUGCAGUUUUGGCCAAGCUUCUUCUUCUUCUGUCCCAUGGUGUCCACCAGCCCAACUUGUCCUGAUGCUUUGAUUCAGCCGUUACCAGACGGCUGCGUCUCUCUGUUGCUUUCUGGUUUGUUUGUGUUUCCACAUGAGCUUCUGCUUUUCUGGGCAUGUUCCUCCAUGUCAAGGCUUUAGCUGUUUUUGAUGUCCCCAAUAAUGUUCAGCAUGCUGCUAAAAUAUGUAAAAGUCCAAACAGUGAAGAGUUGUUUCACGUCUAGGUCAGUGAGCAGUGAUUAAUGUCUUCGCUCAUUAUUAUCAGCUUUCUUUUUACAUUUCCAAAUGAUAUUUUUUAAUCUAAAAGAAGAUGGUUCUAGUAAAUAGUGUAUAAAUGAAAGUGGAUAUGAUGUUGAAUAGAAAUAUAUAUAUAAAAAUAUUUUAUCUGUGAUUGCUAAAUGGACUGGAAGAUCAGCUGGGCCUGGUGCCAACUCAUCCUUCAUGGACCAACUGCAGAAUGCUACUGGUUUGGAACUCUCUGAUUGGACAAUGCACCUGGCCACGCCCACUGCAUCACAUGGUGCUAUUUCACAGACUCCAGGUUGAUCUGAAAGUUAUCAGAUCACAUCAUGAAAAGGACAAAAGUCCUGCAGAUGCUCCAGUCUGCAGGUUCCUCCCGAAUGUUUCCAGCCAACAGUCACAAGGUGGAUGUUCAUCCAUGACAAACUGCGGAUCCAGGAGACGGUUUUUGAUGCUCGCAGGUCACAGAAGGUCCUUCACUAAACAAAGUGUCCAAAUAUAUUCUGUUUGGGGUUUUGUGAUUCUCACAUCUCCUUCGUCUCAUUGGACCUAAUAAUGUACAGUAUCAUUUUUACCUGAACUACGUAGAUUUUUGGACCAACUGACUCACCGUUCUAGUGCAAAACUUUGUAUUGUAGAUCUACUUGUUACGAUCAGGCAGUAGCUGGACCGUCCUCAUGGUCUCCAGGCUGCCAAGUGAACCAUGAGUUGGUUGUAAUGGAACCCUUAAAGUCAAAGGUGAAGUUGGGUCCAACGAGACCCAGAAUGGGAGCCAAAGACCUGUGGUCACACAGGAUGGGUUCAUCCAAACUAAUUCUGGGUCCGAACCCUUGGCCUUUGACCCCACUCAGAGAAAUUAAGAAUCUCUGGUCCUCAGUGAAAACUGCAGUUUUGUCAUGAAGGAACAUCCACUCAGCUGUUGCUCUGAGCUCAACCACAUUCCUGUUUGUUCUUCAGAACCCGACAGCCUGCCCUGACCCGGUGAGUCCAGCUGAGACCUGAAGCGGGACUCGUGGUCCGGGCCGGGUCUCAGGGUCUCAUGGCGAGCCUCGCCUCCCAGACGCUCUGUGAGCUUCGUAAUCUGGUGUUUCAAGUCCGACUGAUUGUGUUAACAGACAUUAAAGAGACAUUCAGAGUCAAA